CGCAUACUCGAGCGUGGGUGUUCGGCGUGUUUUCGUGUGCGUGUGUGCGUGUACGCGCGUGUUUUCGGUCUGUCGAGUCGUCAACGCGUUCCCGAUCGGUCCGUCCGAAAAUAUAGUAAGUUAAUGGUGUCACACUGACAUUUAUACACAUAAUCUACCUACAAUAAUAUAGGUAAAUAUGCUUUCACUGUUUGUAAAAAUAUCAAUACUAUCAAAGUAUAAUAUGUACUUAUACUUAAUUGCGGUUUGCGUAAGUCACGCGCAGGGCCGGAUCGAUUAUUAUAUACCGGAGAGGCGGACCAUACCGCGAGAAAUAAUAAUCUCCGGUGCGUCGUCUCUUCGAGUACAACAUUAAUUGUAUGCAUGGGCCGGUCGUGUGUGAAUGUGGGCUGAUAACACUUUAAAAAUGAAAAAAAAAAACAAAAAAACAUUGCUUCGUAAGCACGCGAAAAUAUAAUAUGUAAUGUUAUAAUUUGUUGGACGGCGCAGAGUAAGCGUGCGGGCUUUUGGAAAAAAAAAUAAUUUAAAAAUGCUGUACUUAUAGGUCGCCCUUUGAAUCAAUCUCGUUCUGAUAGGUAUGCGAUGCAUAGGUAAGUUUCGUCCGGGUGCGUUACGGAGAGUAGCCUCAAAACGACACAAAUAUAAUCGACCCUCUAACCUUAGACCGGCCCAGAAUAUCGUUGAACGGCGAAUCCCUUAAUUUAUGUUUUCCGAUAUGACAUCAAAAGUCACGUUUAAAUGCAUACAAUAUAAUCUAUGCUCGUCGAAUUUCAGGAUGCUAAUAUACGAAUGACGUUCUCGGCUUUGUUGCACUAUGUGUUCACCGAGUGCACCAUUCGAUUAAAUUUUAGCGGCACUGACUGUGCACCUAUAUAAUAUUACUGCGAACAGCGUUGCUCGGUGGGUUUCUGCGAUUAAGGAAUAAAAAAUAAAACGAUAGAUUUAAUUUUACACGGUAACAUUGUAAUUCAUAAUUUCGUAUUCACCAUCAAAAAUCUACAGAGUUAUUGUGCAAGUGUUGCACUCAUUUAUACUGCAGUUAUAGUGCACGUUAAUGUAAUCGUUAAAUCGAAAACGCAACUACAUUCUUUACCUUUAACGAAAAAUCUUUUUUUUUUUUCAAUGAAAUUUGUAUCCUGUAAUACUGUGUACGUGCCAUUAUUUUUGAAAGAAACUUAAACAAUUUAAAACUGUCGGAUAGCUUAGUUAAUUUAAAAAAAAAAAAUUCUAAAAUUGUCUAACAUUUGGAGAGUAGAUCAAUUCGGACAGAACUGAAUAAAAUAAAUAUAUAAGUUUAUAAUGAUAAUAAUAUUUGAAUUUUAUUUUUCAAUAGACAAAAAUAUUUUUGCUUAAAAAUUAAAAUUGUUUCAAUAAAAUGUACUGAUGGUAAACGAGUUAUGUAUUGUUUAUACAUUUUAUAUUAUUAUUGAAAUAGCACAAUUUAUUAUGUCGUAAAUUGCAAGUGAAGUAUAAAUUGUCUUUUUCCAUUGAUCAGUAUUAACAAUAAACUUAAGAACUGUUUUUGGAAAUACUUUAAAUAAUUAAAUUUUUUUUCUCAUCUGAUUACUCCUUUAAUCGAUAGUUUCAUUAAAGUGAACAUAAUAUGUAUUUUUAUUUCAUUUCUAUUAAAUUCAUAGAGAAAUUCUUAUUGGAAAUGGAUAUUUGAAAAUAUAUAGGAUAUUAUAAGUCUUAAAUCAUAGUUUAGGUUCUGAGUGUAUUGAAGAAACUAUUAGUUUUACUAAAAUGUGUUUUUUUCUCGAGAAACUUUUUCGGUUAGCAAAACUUCUCCUUUUUUUUUAUGACAUACCUCUAGGGAUGCAGAUUCUUUGCCUAAUGUGAUAUUUUUUCUAAAUAAUUUUUUUUUUAAAAAAAACGAAUCACAAUUGUCGAUACAUUAGUUUUACUUUUGUUGAUUUCUAGAUCACCUCUUGCUACAAGUGGAAAAUCACGAGAAUCAUUAUUAAAUUAACCAUACACGUCCGUACCAGUUGACAUUUUAACGAGUUUUCCGCUCAGAAUCGUUUUUAAUUGCAACGACUUAUCAUCGCUAUCAGUAUAACAUAAAUUAAUCGCCUCGCAUCUCAUAUGGAUCCACCUGCAAAACUCUCACCUGCAACAGCAGCCUAUCCAUAAUGUGAAAUAUAAACUGCUUUAUUAUUAUUGUCGUUAUAUAACGUAUUCGCCGCAGUAUAAUAGAUACGGUGUAUUCAGCUAUUUCUAUUUUGAUGAGUAUUUUCGCUCGUUUUGACAAAUCGCCGCCGACCUUAUAAAUUCACAUAUCUAUAUUUGAACAUCGUAAUAUAUAGAUAAAAAAAAAUAAAAUAGGAUCCGACCUCGUAUGAUCGUCUGGCCUUAAUGUGUUGUGAUUCUGUUUGAUUUAUACACAAUAGAGAAAGAGAGAGAGAGAGAGAGAGAGAGAGAGAGAGAGAGACAAAGAUAGAACACAACCUCGUCUAACAAUCAUUUUUCUUUUUUCGUAACUCGUUCUUGACGUGUUCGUCUAGAAUUAUUUCCCUAAACAUUCGAUUAUUUUUUUCUUUCAUUGAUUUCGUUUUUUGUUUUUUUUUUUUUUUUUUUUUUUUUGUUUUUUUAAGGACGUAGUGAUGUUGUCGUAAACACAUAUAAUAAUAUAUAAUAGACAACACAUUACGCACGCUAAUAAUUUUACUCCAAAACGGUUUUAUUCCAUUGACCGAAUUAAAUGUACACACAUAGUUUACGUAUCAUAUAAUAUACUAUUAAUAUCAUGUACCUUUAUUUCAGUACUUACAUGGUCAAUAUAUUUUAAGAUUCGAUUGAUGUUAAACGCGAACAAGACAUACUGAUUUACACAAAACACAUCAACAGGUAUUGUAUCAAUAGGCACAAUAGACAAUCCUCUGAUUAUUAUUCCGUAGACUUAACGUUAUAUAGGUUUUCAUUUUGUGUUGCGUACAGAGAAUAAUAAUAUUGCCUGUCCAUCUAUAAUAAUAAUCGGUAGAAUCCUCGAUUUACGAUUUACGAACAUUUAAAUUAUAAAUUGCGUAUUACACGAGCGCCGAAUAAAAACUAAAAAACGUUUUGAAAAUAUAUAAUCAUAUGCGCAGUAAAUCAUAUAAGUAAAACUCGUAGACGUCGCGGUAUAAAUAUUUUAUACAAACGUAUAUUAUACAGCGUUCGACCGAGGCGUUUAUCCGUUAUCAUAGACGGGAAAUACGCAAGUCAUAGUUCGAUUCCCAUAAAAUGAUCUAAUAAGUUUUUAUUAUUAUUUUUUUUUUUUUUUUUUUUACAUUAGAUGGUUCAUAGGUAUUUCGGCGUUUACUAGAUGAAGAUUUAUUUUAAACGAAUUUCAAAUCUCCUAAAAUACCAUUUUUUUUAUAUUUUUUUACCUUAUACCAUUUUUAGCGGUGAAUUAUUUUAAACAGCAAAUAGAACGCAUUAUUGAAAUAUUAUAAACGUUUAACAUUUUAAAUUUGUCGAAUGUGAAGAAAAUAUUUUAUUAACAUGAGGCAUAUUAAUAACGCCUAAAACAUAUAUUUUUUGCAAUGAAAUGUUGGCCGUUCAGAUGUUUAAAAAAUAUUAUUUUUUUACAUUCUUUUGAAACACAUUAUUUAAAUGCGUAUGGGCGCGUAUAAAUAACUUGUUAACACAUAAUUUAUUUUGCUAUACGGGUGAAUUGAGAAUAAACACUGGCGAUUGUUUAACCUGACCUAACCUCGAACGAAUACCAAUAAUAAAAUAUAAUAGGUAAUGAAUUCCAAUAAAAUAGGUACAAUAUAUAAUAUUAAACGCUAGUUAUUUAGUUUAUAUAUAUUUUUCAAUAAACGCGUAAUAAUAUUGUGCAGACACGCGCGUUUCAGCAUUUAGAACAAUUAUUCCUGCAUAAUCAUAAUUCAUUAUACGCGUGUUUUUCGCGAAUAAUCAAUAAAUCUUCAACUUUUAAGUUGACAGUGGAGAUCGGAUCUAUUUUCUCUUAUAAUCCACAAAAAGGCACUUUAAAACAUCAAAAAAUCUCUGAAAAAAUCAUUGACGAACAUUUAAAAAGGCAAAAAAAUUGUGGAGUCUAAAAGUCUCCUCCACCAAUGGCUCUAACUUAUUAAAUUAAAUUUCCUAACAUUACACAAUUGAUUCAUACAAAAUAAUUUCUUUUAAAUAAAAUUGUAUGUAUUAUAAAAAAAAUUACUUUUCAUUUAUCAUUUAUAAGGUUUUGGACAAUUUUAUUUAUAAAUUAAAUCCAUUAGAGGAGCACUAUUAAACCUUUCUAUUAUUUUUGCGUUUUUAUACACUGUUUAAGUGAUUUUUUUUUUUCCGAGGUUUCUUGACUGUUUCAAAUGAUUUUUUUGUAGACUUUAAGAACAUAUAUAAAUCCGGUCUCUAAAAAUAAAUAAUACAAAUAAUAAGUAACACCCAAAACGUUUAUUGUAUUAUGUGUUAUUGGGUUUCGAAUAUUUAUUUAAAAUCGGUUAUGUGAUUAUUUCAUCAAAUUUCCUCAAAUCACUUUAUUAUGCUACCAUAUACAUAAAUCAUAGAUAACGCACGUUUGCGAACGGUGAUACGGUUGAAAAAUGAAUUGCACACUUCGUAUAUUUAUAUUAGACACCAUCAUCGUCUUCGAGCAGAUUUUUAUUAAUUUAACCGUCAAAACGCCAUCGUUCAUUUCCGAAAGAUAAUUUUAAUCGAACGGCAGUGCGAAGAAAUGAUUAAUUGACUUUGAUUUAAAAUAUAAAUAAAUAUUGAUUUUAUAUUAUAAUUGAUGUAUUAAUCGAUGUAGACAAAUAUUUUUAAAUGCAUUUGCAUACUUGUAUUAGUCGAUUAAAAAACAGCUAGCUGGUUCAUACCACAAUAUUGUGUUUCACUGCGGCCUAAAGAUUCUGUAAAUUAUACAACCUUUUUAUUUUGUAUAUUUUAAUAUGUUGAACGUUUAAAGAGUGUGUUUAAGAAUUUAAGGAUUUCGAUCAUGUUUAAGACAUUUUCAACUCAACGAAUCGAGAACCACAAAAUAAUUUGGCGUUUAAAUACUAAAGAAAAUAACUGCUUGCAUAAUGUCGCUCGGUAAAUUAAAUUAAUUAAUAUUUAAAUCAAAUUUAAUUUUUUUUUAUCUUAGAAUAUCUUUGAAUUUUGUUGGGAUCAACUACAAUAAUUUUGAACUAAUAAAUAUAAUAAAAUAAAAAUUAAGAAUUUCCAUUUUUUUUUUAGAGCAUAUUUUAGUAUUUUUAAUACAUACCUAUGUCUACAAUUACAUUUAAAUGGUUUGGGUCAUUGGCCUUAUAAUUCUAUAUUAUAAUAUUUGAAUGCCUAUAAUAAACACUAUAACGCUAUGCUUAUAGUAAUUUAAAAAAAAUGUCGAAUAAACUAAUGAAAAUAAGCGCUAAUUUUUCACAAGUAGAAAUAUUAUAUUAUUAGUUUAAAAUUUGCUCACUUAAAACUUUAUACAGAUUGUCUCACGAAGACAUGUACCCAUUUUAAUAUCUCAUUUUUAUUUUAUUUUUUUUUUUUGAAAAUUUAAGGAACAAACGGCUCUAGUAUGGUAUAUUUUCAUUAUUUUUUGUCGCUUUUAUUUUUGAGUGUAAAACGAAAAAUUAGUUUUGUAUUCCAAAAGGCAACCUUUUAAUAUAUGUUUAAUUUAGGUUCACGGGUUGUCGGAAGUCAAACGUAUCGAAAUGUAUUUAAACUAAUACUCCGUCCAUUUAUGAAAUUAGUUUGAAAUUUUUAAAUCGUCGUUUUACCAUAGAAAUUAAGAGUGAUCAAAUGUAAACAGUGAAAAUGUAACAUUUUAUAGUAACUUCUUUCUGAAAGUGUCAAAAACUAAAACUUUCAGAUACAUCGCAACGGGUAUAUUAUUGUCGUGGAACACUCUGUAUACACAUUUCAUUUAGUACCUACAAGAUAAGCUUAUUCUAUUUGCAAUAGCUUCGCCUCUGGUUUCGACUUUGAACUCUUAUCUGUACAUUAUUUCCCGAACACGAACACAUAUUUAAAUGUAAUAUUAUAAUAUUAUCAUUACAAACCAGAUUCAUAAUUCUACAACAGCACAUCAAUCUGAUGUAAUUAUUUUCAUCAAUCACCUACCUAUACGGAAAAAAAAAAAAAACGUUCGAAUAAAGUCCGUCGAUACAAAACAGUUAUUAAUUCGUCGAUGAUAAUUUCGAUUGAAUGGCGCAUUGAACGGGUGCCGACGUGCCUAAACACAUUAAAUUAUUAAUUAAUUUAUUGUAUUAUAAUAUUAUUUUGUAAUACAAUUGUAUACCCCAUUCAGAUAAUUUUAAUGUUUAAUUGGAUGCAAAUAUUAUAAAAUGCAUACGUGUUAAAGGUUAUAGGUUCGGUUAUUUAGGAUUCUCGCGCUCUAACUCUCAGACGAUUGCGAAUUUCGGAAUGUGGUUUUCACUAAAAGAUUUGUUUUGUUUGACUGUAAGCAUACGAAUGAAGUUUCAAUUGACUUGCAGCCCAUUUUUGUAAAAAAAAAAAAAAAAAUCACCAGAAGGCUACUGUAUAUAAUAAUCAUACUAUUUAUGUAGGACUAAUUAUUUGUUUAAAGUGAAAAAAAUUGCAGCGGCUAAACAAAUAUUUAUAACAUCAUAAUAUUGUUAAAAUUCUUAUAAAAAGAUAAAUGGGUUGUUAAUAUAAUAUUGUAAGACAAAUAUAUUAGUCAACGGUUUACAACAUGUACAUAAAACAGGGAUUGUUUAACACAAUGUGGUUUUACGCUACUUUGGUACCUACUCCAAAUCUUAUCGGAAUAUAUUUGGUUUACCUCUGAAUCUGCAUUAAUAUUAUAUUAUUAUGGUACGUUACAUGUUUUGUCUGUCUUGUAAAAUGUAAAAAAAAAAUGAAAACAGUACAAGUACACAGAUCAGUAGUGGUGCGUUUGUAUUGAAAACCGUACACGUUCAUAAGGAGAUUUUUUUUUAUUCAUUAUGUAAUAUAAACAUUUACAUAAUUUGAUGAGUUGUCUGGUCGAUUAUAUUAUGAUAACAUGUAUAACAUAUAUGGUAAGCAUAGUGUACUGUUUCAUAACGUCAUGAAUAAAACGAAAUACGAACAUUUUUAGUUCAACCACUAUAUUAUAAUACCACUAAAUUAUAUUUUACUACCCACUAUAUUAUAGUAUAUGGUGUUUUAAAUUUCAAUAGUUUUUUUUGUUUUUGAACUUUUUAGGUCGUACUGUCCAUUGAAAAAAAAAUUUUUUUUGUAGAGCAUAUUCUAUUGUUUUAACAUCUGUACGCAUUUAUAGAUUCGUAAUAAUCGUAACAUAGAUAUUAUUAUUGUUACUAUUAUAGCCCGAUGAGUAUAAUACUGAAUAACGCAUAAAACAUUAUCGUGUCGUUCUACACAAUUGUUUGAUAAAAUGUACGAGUUAAGACAAAUAAAAUAUGUAAAGUACAUAAUUCAUAUAGUAGGUAUCGUUUACGAUUUAUGAAAAAUGCAUUUAUAUCAGCUAAGCCAACAUUAAAAUUAAUAUUGUUAUUAUUGUACGGCUUACUUAUUUUGCAAAACGGGUUUGACAUAAAUUUUGAAAAUUCGUAAUUUAUUUAUUCUGGAUGUUUAAUCAUAUUUUUUUGGUGUUCGUGGCGUAAUUAUGAAGGGAAGGAGAUAUAGAAAAGUAAAUAUAACAAUGUAAUAUUGUAUUUUAGUUCCUGUUAUCUGUAAACGUGCAAUAUUUUUUAAAAUACAAAUUGCAUUUUUUAAUAAGUUUUAUUGUUAUCUAUCAAUAUUAUCACUAGUCAUAAAAGUGAGGACAUUGUUAAAGUAGAUAACCGCCCAAAUUAUCUGUUUAAACAUCUCAACCUCAAAUGCGGUUUAAGACUUCAAUACAAACGGCAGAUUAAAUUUAAACAGUUAACAGUCAGAGCUAAAAAAUGGAGUUUUUUUGGUAAUUCUUGUUUAUCUACUCACAUAUACUACUAGUGAGGGUAAAGUAACGUGAUUUUAGAAAUUAUACACCCACCCCCUUCUUUAGAACAAAUUUCUAAUUACGCCACUAGUUGGUGUACCUAUAAGUGCUUUUAUUAAUAUUAUUUUGAUUUAAGCGUAUUUGUUGUGUAUAACAAAAAAUUGCUUAUUGCCUAAUGCAAAAGGCAGUGGAUCAGAAAUCAAUUUCAACUUAUACAAUAGAAUCUACUUAAUGGAGACACCGCAUUAAGGGGGACAAUCGCUUAAUGGAGAAAAAUUGACCGAAUCCCUAACGAAUGUAUUCUUUUUGGGCAAUUCAACUUCGUUUAUUGGGAACAAAUUAUCGAUUAUAUUCCUUAUAAAGGGACACAGCCUAUUCUACAUGUACCUACUUUCUUAUCGAAACUAUAAUUAUCUAAUCUGUAUGUCUCUAUUAAAUUGUAUAGUUUACGUAUUUUACUUUUGUACAUAAUUUCUUUUUUUCCUACUAUAUCACUCAUCGAUAAGCUUUACAUUAUUUCGUCUCUGUGUAAUAACAUACGUCUGUUUUUAUUAAUCCCAGUUUGUGUGAACACGUGGUAAUAAUAUCUCGUAAAGAUUUAACGUUGGUUGAAUAAAUGUCUAUACUGGAUAAUAUAAAAGCUCAAGGCUGAAAUGAAGAGUACAAGGAAAAAAACAGAAAAGUCACUUUUUUCCAAAAUGGCGAUAGCAAUAUCAAAUAGUUUGUACUGACGUGCCGUAUUUUUUAUACGAUUGAAACGGCUAAAAACCAAGAUUAAUCGAAAGUAAUGAACAACAGAAGUUUAUGUCUACAGGAAAAAAAAACAGAUAGUCAAUUUAUAAACAGGUAAGUUAUGGGUUAAUACAUUUCAAAUUUUCACGUUAAACUUAAUCCGAACUUUUUAAAUUCUAAAAAAAAGUGACUUUUGUGGUUUUUUCCCUGUACUUACUCUUCAAAAACUAGUUUAAUACACAUGUCUAAAUCGGUAACUAGCCAAUUGAAAAAAAAUGAAGAAACUAUUCGUUAACUAAUCUAACCUAAUAGUGGGGAAAACUAAACGACAACAAAAAAUGGAAUUAUUCGGUCAAUCCAGGACAGUCGGAAAAUGGAGGACAAAUAAAUUACCACUGUAUGCGUCCCCAUUAAGCGAAUUUUAUUAUAUUACUUAUAUUAGUUAUAUUAUAGUAUUAUAAAAUUGUAUUCGAUAUUCUUUCACCGUGAUAUUCACAAACCAGAGAAAAUGCUACCGUUUUUCGAUGUUUUCCACUUUAAAAAACUACAAGGAUAUAUCAAUCACUAUUAUUUCCAAUACUUGCCACCGUAUUUUGAACAUGUAGGUUUCGACGUCACUGGCAAAAGGAUUAUAGAUAAAUUGAAAUGUGGGUACUAAAAAAAUGCAAUUAUUUACUCACACUAACCGCACUAUAGUUUUACGACUAACGUUUUAAUGCAUAAAAGUAUUUGGUUGUCGAAUAAAUUGCCUAUUCGGAACUCCCGAAAAAAAAAAAAAAAAGAAGCGAAUAGUGAAUAGAAUAUCAUGGAAAAUAAUAUAUUAAAUCACACAGCGGCGGUACAUUUUAUUGUACUAUUAUUCAACCAAUAUAAAUCACCGAGAUAAAUAACAACGAGGCCGAAAAUAUACUUAAUAGUUUCUCGGAUGUGGAGAGCUAUGAGAGGGAGGAUUAGAAAAUUCCACGGUACGUUUUACGAUUAUAAUAUUCUGAAUAUCACAUCAUUCACAUACACCGUAAUAAUAAUAUCCGCCUAUAUUAUUAUUGUACUAAAAUAAUAGAUUUCGAUUUCAGGAAUUAAUCAUGAAUCCAUAACCGUCAGUUUAUUACAAUAUAAAACCAAUAAAAUAACCGUCCACAGAUAAUAAUAUUUGACAGCUUUGAUCGACAUGAUACACAUAAAACGAAAAGAGCUGAUACUGUUGACGGGUGCGCCACUGUUGUAGGUGAUAAGUUGAGGAAGUAGGGCACAUAAAGUUAUUAUAUUUCUAUCUGUAAGCAACGAUAAACCAUUGCUAACAAAAUACGAUUAUGAGCGGAGUUCAGUUAUAUAUGUUUUGAAAUACCGUAAUAUUUACGGUUUUCUUCAAAAUUUGGUCUUAAAAUAUUUUUAAAACAGUCCGCUACGUUGCAUUCAAAUUUGUUUUACCAACUAAAUAGAACUUAUAAUGAACUUCAUAUUAAAUUUGUAAGUAUUUCUAUUUGGACGAAUAAUUUUACCAGAUAAUACCGACCAAAAAAAAAACUGAAAAAAGUGUUACUGUUUUGGAUGGGAAGUUGGUAAGAUAAGAUAAUAUAUAAUAAAUGGUAAUUUAAUCUAUAUCAAACAAGAAAACAUCAUAGAUAACGGAAAAAAAUUCUCAGCAAAGUUCGGUUAAACAUUAAUAUUUAAGUUUUUUUUUAAAAUGUGAACUUAAAAAGCUUAUGAUAAAAAAACCACUUUAUAUUUAUACUACGUUUAACAUUUUUUACCACUAAAUACAACUUAUAAUGUACUUCAAGGUAAAUUGUCGAGCAUUUUGCCGGUUCAAAAUAAUUGUAUCCAAAGAAAAAUUAAAAAUCUUGAAAAUUACAAAUAGCUACAAAUAAUGGCUCAAAAUCGCCAAAAUAUUUUUGAAGUUGUAUCGCGUCUAGAAAGAGCUAAUAUAACUGUUCUAUAAAAAUGUUUGUACUCUAUGAUUAGUUUUAACUGAAUAACAACAAUAAAAUAAAAUCGAAAAUAUACGCUUUACAUUUUGUAUUUCGUGCCCUAGUGGCAUAAAUAAAUAAAUAAUUACAGAAACCGUUGGGGCGUAAAUUUUUCUGUUAUGAAAUAUACUAAAAAGAAAAUCUAAAAAUGACUUUCUAAUGCACUAAUUCUAGACAACAUUUCCUACCAGAAAAAAAUAUUGUUCACAGAGAGAAAACGAAUUAAAAGCUCACAUCAUAAUUAAACCAUAAUACAUUCCUCGUUUCGCUCAAAAUCUAAAAAUGAUAUGGACGUUAGAUUUGAACGUGUACCAUUGUAUUAUAAUAUUUUAUACAUUCAAAAUUCAUGUAUUUAUUAUGAAUAUACUUUAAUUUUCUUGUCAAUACACAUUAUUAUAUAGGUGAUUUUUAUACCGCGGUCCAUCAGUUUUCUUGACACAUUUUAAGUACCUAAAUUAAAUUUAUGGUUUUGCAAUUAUUAUAAAAUUAUUUAAGCGUAACACUUAUAUUUUUUGAAAUUUAUUCUUCUACUCCGUGUAACUGAAAUAAGUAUUAACUUUUUAUUUUCAAAUAACAAUGCCCCUUCCUUUUUGAACACAAAUUCGAAAAUCUAAUAUUUGUAAAAAAAAAAAAAAAAAACAUAUUGGGUAACAACUAAUAGUUAAUGGAUCAUGAUAUAAAAUAAUUACUCUGUAUACGUACAUCAAAAAUUUAAAAAUUAUUUCAUGCCAUUUUUCUAAAAAGUUUUAAACAAUUUCACUUUGUUUUGUAUCGAAAAUGAAUAGAAAUUUUAUGUUUACAUAAAAAUUUAAAAGUACAGCAUAGGUAAUUUGAAUAAUAAUCCUGCCAAAUUGUCGAUAAUUCAAGUGGGUCUAUCCCGGUGGUUCCCCUCUUUCUAUUUACGGUUUACACUCGAGUAGUGCAGAUAUAAAUUAUAACAUAAGUAGACUUUUAUUACGCGUAAAAUAUUUAUAACAUUAAAACCGGCCGGUUAUUUUAAAUGCGUUUUUGAAUAUAAAUUACAAUAAGAAACCAAUUAACUAUCGAGAGUGAAUGAAGAGUAUAUAUUAUACGUGAUUAAUGUUCAAGAAAAAUAAUUGAUGUUAAAAAAUAUAUAUAUAUAUAUAUACAAAAAGGAUUUAGACUUUGCAUCUGCGGGGUAGUCCACGAUUUUUUUUUUCAUGGUGGACACGAAAGGGCGGAAUCCAAUAUAUUAUUAUUGUACUUUUUUUUUCUUUUUUUUUAAGUGCUGAGUCAUUGCGUUUGAGCGAUUGUCGUGACGUCGGAAACUGUAGUACGCGAGACGAUUUGAAAAACGAUCCCGUUCAAGUAUACAGUAUUUAGGUAGGUGGUACUUCCGUUUACAUUAUUACACUUAGAUGUCUAAAAAGUUACCGAAUGAAAUUUUUUGACUAAUUUGUACGGUCCCGAAAGAUUUUUCCGGGAAAAAUAUAUAUAACUCGCAUCGUUAUGCAUAAAACGGCUUCAUAUAUAUUAAUUUGUACAAAAACUAAAAUGAUAUGAGUAACAGUAUAAAUUAUUACAACACAAUCAAAUCCGGUCGUAUAUGCGUAGCCAUAAAAUUCCAAUAACGUUCAAUUAUCACUGUAAUACUGUUUGUACAGUUAAUAAUGUAAAAGAGAUGAUUUUAUACGGUUAAAUUUUCAAUUUGUAACCAGAGUUUAUAUAAAUUAUGAUUCUUUUUUUAUUUUGAAUAAAAAAAUAAAAUAAUUUUAGUUUUUGUUUAAAACAGUUUUUUCUUGAUUUCUUAAAAAUGUUUAUAACAGUUUUUUUUUUUUAAAUAAAUUUAUGUUUUAAUGAUUUAAAAUCAAUAGGGAUGACAUUCCGCUCCAUAACGUAGAGUUUGAGGCCUACCCCAUUUUUGAAUCCGUAAGUGUGGUUUAAACCUAAUAUUUUCCAAAAAUCUCAGAGAUAAUCGCCUCUCAAAUAGGUAUUGACCACGUCACUGGCGAUAUUUUCCCCAUAAAAUCAUAAAUAUUAAAUGACGUAAUAAAAAUGGGCUGAUACUCCUGAUGGGCGUGUCAUUGUUUUAGGAGAGAAGUUGAAAGGGAGGAUACAUAGAGUAAUUUGAUUUAUAUCUGUACGCUAACAAAAAAGAUUCUGAGCAGAGAUUUGUAUUCGUCGUAUUUUACUUAGGCAAUCCGAAACUAAAAAAAUUUAACGACUUUUAACAUUUCACGUUUAUUAAAAAAACUACAAGGGAAAUAAAAAAAAUGACCACUUCAAUAAGCCAACUAAAUUAAAAAUGCUACAAGAAAGUUAAACAAUUAUUUACAGAUGUAAAAAAAAAAAUCGCUGAUCAUAACAAAACCAAUACAUUUCCCACUCAGUCUAAAAAGGAAUUUUUAAAAGUAGUAAUUAAUUUUAUUUAUAAAUAGUAUUGAUAAAUUAAAAAAUUUAAUGUAUUUUUAAUGUUUAAAAUAGCUGUUUUUUGUAUGCUCUUUAACAAAUUAUUUUUAAAAUUGUUGUUUAAAACCACUUUGAAUAAUUUAUAGUUUGUUAAUAUAAUUUUUUAAUCAUGAGUUUAAAACAAAAUGGUUUGAUAAUAUCAGCCCUGUUUAUGACAUAAAUAGGACCUAACGAAAAAAAACAAAUUAAUUCAAAUAUUGCGAAAAUGUUAUAAUUUAAAAUUAGCCCAGCUGAUUUAAUUUGUUAGAACUUUUUUGACAUUUAUUAUUAUAACAUGAUUAUAUUCGCUUAAAAAAAAAUCCCCGUGGACUAUUCGAAUUAAAUUUACCUAACAAGUAGAUUUUACGAAAUCAUUUAAAAGGAAAACUGCUAAAUGUUUCUAUACAUAUAAAAAAAAAAAACGCAUAGGCAUUAUAAUAAUUGAUGAUGCGUAGAAUUUGUUUUUUAAAUAGGAGUUUUUUUGUAUGCUUGAAACAAAUACGGGAUAUUUAUCUGCGCCCGUUUCAUUUAUUUAUCUAUCCGAUUCAACUGCAAGGGCACAGUAUAAUAAAGAAUGAUACUGUAUAGGAAAACUUCGCUGCAUUUACAUUAUUUUUUUCACUGCGGUUAAAUUAAAUUCAGGCACCCAAAAAAUGUGACUGAUAACAAUAAAACGGUUUUCGUGUAAUAUACGAGCGCUACGAAAAUUGUAUCGUUUGUGUAUACUAUGACCGUUGUAUUUUUCAUAGUGGUCGUCACAAAGUUAGUCAGAAUUCAAAUUUCAUACGGUCAAAAAUAGAGGUUCCAAUAUUUACAUUAAGAUAUAAUAUUAAAAAAAGCCGUCCUAGGAUAUCAGGACGGAUGCAGCCACUGUUAUAGGUGUGAAGUUGGGAAGGUAGUAGAGAGGAAAUUUAAGGUAUAUCUGUAAGUGAUGAUAAACCGUUGCUAACGAAAAAACGAUUCUGAGCGGAGUUUGGUUGAUAGUGUUGCUUUGUCAAUAAUAUAUAUGUCAUAUAAUGAUAAAGUAAUUAUAUAUGCAUUACAUUUUUUCUUUUAUAAUGUUUGUUUAAUAUUGUACCUAUUUUCCUGUUUUUUCUACGUUUUACUGGUUUUUCCCAUUAAUUGGAAAGCUCUCAGAAGAAUUAAAACAUGAUCUCCUUAUAGUACCAUCCCAGUCAGAUUUCCUUUCAGAAAAAGUGCUAUCAUCGUAAAUCGAAGCGAAAUUGCUGGUAGAAAAGUUGUUUGUAUAUAAAAAUAAAGUAAAUGAAAAAAAAUAAACAUCAUUGUAAAACCAAUACAUUCCUCGCUGCACUCAGAAUCUAAAAUAACAUACAAUAUUAGUUGUGAAUGAUGAUAUGCUUAGGGUGGAUAUCCAAAGCCCCUAAGGGUGGGUAAAUACUUUUUGUUCUAUCCGGCUAAACUUAUAUCUAAAUUGUCUAUAAAUGAUUUAAUUUUCCUACAAACAUAAAUCGGAUAACUCUAUUAGGGACAUUUAGUGGCCGAUGAAAUCACUGUUGUCUAAUAAAAUGUCGAUAAAUAUCGAGUUAUCAUGUAAGCGCCCUUUAGGGAUUAAAAUCGGGGACGAAAUAUUAACAGUGACUUUCCCUUGGUGUCGAAGAUAAAGUUCACCAAAUAUUUCACCAAGAUUAGAAAAAAAAAAAGCCAGUAGAUUUGUAUAAAAAACAAACCAAUAAACAGUUCAAAUUUAUGCACCUAAUAAUGAAACAAUAAAUUACUUUUAUUAUGUCCCUAGUAAAUAUCUAUUUACUAAAAAAAAAUUUGAUGGUCUCCUACUUAGUGUUAAUUGUAUCUGUUUAGAAUGGAAUUCUGGCCAUUCUAACCUUGCUCGAUUAAUCGAUAAUAUCGAUGUUUCAAUCUCGUAACCAUAAUUUCACUGUAAUAUUACCUUAAAAUAUUUUAAUUUUAAUUUUAGAUUUUCGAUCUAUAUGUUCGAUAUUGUUGAUAGUGUCCCCCAUUCACUGAUUGCAUUAAUCAAUCAAUAGUUUAGAAACUAUCGAUUAACUGAGUACAAUUGAUUAUUUUACGACAGUCGAGCAAUAGCCGCUCUAGAGACAAGAUAACGUUCGGUGGGGGAGGGAUGAUUAUGCAAAUUCAUAUAAAGCACACAUUUAUGGAUGUGUUGGAUGACGAACGUAGCUAAACGUAUAUCGGGGUUAAUGGUAUACUGGAGAGCGAACAAGGGAGGGCCGAUCGUCCACAUAGCCCGGCUACAUAGUCACUGCUGUCGAAUAUACUAACGACUAGCGAAUAGCGCAGGCCUGCUGUGCGUCGUCGAUAAACGAGAGUUUUAUCCCAACUGUCAGUGGCGUGGCGUUCAUAUAGGCAAUGCAGGUGUUGCUUACAAUUUCAGUUAAAAAAAUAUUAUGAGUAUAUUUUUAAACGAACAAUUUAAGCCAUGGUCGAGUUCUAACAAUGCACAGUUAGUUAUGUGUUACAUUUUGAAAUUUCGAAACAGUACAAGGAUAUGGCAUAUUAUAAUUUAUAAGUAACAUUCGAAUUCGUUCGUCGACCGAUUAUCGUGGAUAUAUCAAUAGCAUAUAACGGUGCUGUUUUACUAUAUUACGCUAUCAGCGUUGGUGCGUUGAUCACACACGACCGUGCCAUUAUAUUGAAACUCUCAUUAGCCAUCUUCGCUCGUUGAUUUUGAACAGUUAAAUGUACAUUAUUACUACUCGAUGGCGUUUAUUUAAGAGCUACGGUUAAUUAUUGAAAAUCAUUUUCGACAAAUUUGUAUUGAAUAAACAAUUUCGAGCGGCUCUCUAGGGGUACAGUAAAAUUAGACGGAGGUAUGGGUAUCCAGGUAUAAUAUUUUUGGCGGUUGCUUACGCCACUGCUGACCGCAUCGCGUCACGCCACGCCACUGCCUACUGUAUUAUUCGUUAUUAUGUAUCGUGUGCCGCAGGUAAUCCGAUAUAAUGACAAAAGUUUCGACGGCGUCCAACAAAUCGCUUCACCUGACCGGCAUCGGUUUGGCGGUGCAAGCGUUCUACAUAAACCUGACUCUGGACACGGUGAUGGGCGGCGAUCUGAUACAGCUGAAGCCGGCCGGUCCACCGGUCAUCAACCCGGCGGGCGUCUGGACCGUGGACCAAGCGCCGCAGGGAUACGUGGCGGCCGGCAGCGCGCCGCAGGGAUACGCGACGGCCGGCAGUAAUUUGGCGUUGAACGGGCUGCAGGCAUUACAGGCGUUCGGCGGUAACAAACUGGACGCGAACGGGUACCGGGAUCAGAACGGCUAUUACCGCGACAACAACGGCGCCCUGAACGGAUAUGACGUCGGCAACACUUACGGCGGUUGGUCUCGCGUAUUACAUACUUGGGCUGGGUUGCAUAAACGUCCAUUAGCGAUUUACAGAGCCUUUAAUUCACCAGUGGCCCGUUAAAAAAAAAAAAAAAAAAAAAAAAUGAUGUACGUGUUGCUUAAACGCUGUAGCGUUAACGGGUCUGUAAUUUCUUGGCUACUGUACUUAGAGGACCGAUUUCGUGUCUGUCACUACUUACACGUUCGUUAUUCGAAUAGUGAUAAGAAUUAUAAUUUCUCUCUAAAAAAUAUUCUAUUCCCAGUUUCUGAACCAUUACUAUUGUACAGCUUGGUUAUUUCCUCCCAAGAAAGUGUUUUUUUUUUUGUUGAAAUUAAUAUAAUCAGUCUUAAAUUCAUAUACAUUUUUACCUUGCCAAGCCUAUUGUAAUUUAUAAUUACGUUAAUCUGUCAAACACAUACCUAUUAAUAUUUUAAAUUAUGGCCUUUUAUGGAAUUAUCAAUUCCAUUAAUUCCGCUUUUUCCAGUUCAGUAAAGUCUUUCUGUUUUACUCUUUUAUGAGUCAUCGUCAAAGAUCAAACAAAUAUUAUAAUAUAAAUUGUGGUUCGAAUACUUUUUCCAAAUAUUUAUUUAUUAUUAAUUGCCAGAUAAUGUAAUCAGUAAUCAUUGUAAUCCAAUGAAAUGCGAAAUAAUUCAUUUGGUAACCACGGUUAUCAAUAAAAUACAAAUCAUUUAUGCAACUCAAUUUUUUUUUUAUGCGCCAUUAAAACAUUACGGGCUUGAUUAGUUACAGGCUUGUUAGUAAAGUUACAGAAUGAUCUUUAUGUAACUCACCCUUACAGCUGGCGGUAUUGCUUCGAUAAUACUCCGGUUUUAAGGUUAAUACCACGGUAUCUGGGUAUUUUCUAUUUGUAUCCAAGAUACCGGUAUUUUCGAUAUUUUCAGUUAUUCGGUUUUAUCGGUGCUUACCCAUAACAAUUUAACAAAACUCCGACAGGCUGAUAUUAUGCCCAUAUUGCAACUUAAUUAUUAAGAGGACGUUCAAUCGGCAUCAAAUGUCUCAGCUCAACUACCGGGUAACAUGGUAAAAACAAUGCUUACGCAGAACAAGUAAAAUUAUCUUUUAUGAUAUUUAUAGAGAGCAAUAUUUCGGAAGGAAUGCCAUAGGUGUUUUCGUACUAUUAAAAUAUACAGCUCGAUAUAAAAGUUACCUGUUUUUAUUUUUUAAAUAACUGUAACUUUUUUAAUCGUUCAUAAUCCAAAAACAUCUAUAUGACAUUCCCCCCAAAAUAUUGUUCUCUAUAAAUUGUAUAAUAGGAAAUUUUAUUUUAAAAUCAAAAUCAAGCCGGUUUUACUUAUUCUGCGUAAACAUUGGUUUUGCAUACUAACCGGUAUAGUUGGACUGAGACAGUAAAUGUGGGUAUAACGUCUUCUUAACUAACAGACCUCACUAUAGAGUUACUUUAUCCAUUUUAACGAAAAUAAAACAAAAUAAUCAAACAUUUUUAUAGUAAUGUGAAUUACGUCGAGUAAAAUGUUUAAACCGUUCACGGCCACGACUAUGUAAUAACAAAUAACACUAAAACUCUAGAUUUGAAAAAUGUACCGAACUUUGAUGGAACAAUCAAACUUGAUCAGCGCGCGUUCCAACGAUAAAUCGAUAACGAGUUAAAAAGUCCCGAUGAAAGUUAUUGCCGAAAUACUAUAAAGACCAACGAAUAAAUUACAUAAAUACGGUAAAAGGCGUUUAUUAAGAACACGGAUAAUUGAUACAAUUGCGUUAUUGAAACAAAAUGUACAGGGACGGACCGGUCGUGUAUCAAAUCAAUUGUAUUUCGAAACCAAUCGUUUAUUAGAAACAAUCGGUUAAUUGACACGUUUCCACCUUCUACUGUAAACAAUAUCCGUUCCGUUUGGUGGGUAAACCGAAUAACCGAAAUCACCAAAUAAUGGUAAUAACCGAAUAACUAAUUUUCGUUGUACCGGAAAUACCGCCAGUCCCGUUUCGUACUUACGCAUUUUCGUCGAAUUUUCCCCGAAAUAGAGACUGUUGCGCUGUAUUAUUUCGUUUAUAUACAGGGUGUAAACACGGAAAUCUACCAUUUGGAAAGUUUUUUGUUCUGUUCAAUAUUUUUUUAAGAAAUAUUUCCUCUGAACCACGGUUAAGUUAGGAUACAUUUUUUUUUUUUUUUAGGAGAGGGGGGUGUUUAAAUAAAAAAAUUCAAAUUUUACUACAAUCGUUUUAAAAAAAAUUUCUUAAUAGCCAUUUUGUAAAAUAGAUUUUUAGACAAUUUUCAGUGGUUGAAACAUUUAUACAAAUAUGGACAAUCAUAUUAUAAAAUGUUUUGAAGUUUUUGCAAAUGUUAAUUAUACAAUUUUAAAUUGUUUAUUUUUUAACUCCCUUCUCCUCCUAAUAAAAAAUUGUCAUAUAUUAACUGUUGCACAAACGCGUUCUAAUUAUUCAAGAAAAAUAUACGAGCAACGAGUUUAUUAAAAAUAUUAAAUAGAACAAAAUCCCGGUACAUUUCGACAUUUAGCGGCUCUCUCUGAACCAAAAAACCUCAAACUCGAGAAUUAGAGUGAUUUGUAGACCGAUUGAAAUGAUAAAAUGUUAGUUAAAUUUCAAUAUGAACUUACGAAGCUUCAAUAAAAAGCUGUGCACACCCCUAUAGGUAUAUAUGGAUAUGUAUAUUCAUGACAUAAGCAUCAAUAAGAAUGUGUCUUUUGGCGGUUUUAACGCCUAACCCCCACCCAAACAGUUUUAUGCUCAGAUUUCACGUUUUCGCAUGAAAUAACGGGUUUUAAAUACUCGUACAGACUCAUUGAAGUAAGUAAUUUGAUUUAAAUUAAUAUAUUUAAAUAUUAAAAUUCAUUGUCGUCAAGGCGUGUGCGUUUAAAAGGUUUGAACCCCACCGUCUGUUUACACGUUAGCAAAAAUCACGAUAAAAAAUAUUACUUUACUUAUUUUUAUAAAACUGUUUUUGUUCAAUUGCUUAUCAUUAAAAAAAAAAAAAAACCUUUAUGAAAUAUUGUAACAGCCAUAAGUCGGCUGAGGGGAAAAUUCGACUGUAUAGUGACGGAGCUCUGUUGUUCGCGUGUUUUAUUAUUAAUCCAGGGCUAUGAAUUUAAUGUAUUUGCAUGUCUCUUUCGCUAAACCGUACAAGAAAAUAGAUUCAGCCGGAAUUUGUUUUGGCUUAUCCUUAGUUAAAAUACGAAAUCUUGCGUAUAUAACAAGUUGGGACGCAUAAAUGCAUGUUUUCACGAUUUGUUCGUAUUAAUGUUUUUUUUCAUAUAUUUUUCCGGUCAAUCUGAUGUAGAUAAAAUCGGUUUAAAUUUUUUUGUUUAUAAUAAUACGUCUUUCAUAGUUUCAAUUAAAAUAUUCUACUUUUAGUCAAGUUUUCAAUUUAAAUAAAUUGAUACCCGAUAAUAUAAAAUCAGGAUUGUUCCGAUAUAUCCACAAAAUAUGUCUAUGGUACUAUCGUUAUGUUUUAAAAAAAACGUUUACGUAAUAAGAGCGGUAUUUUUUUAAUAUGGACAGUGCACAUUUAAGCAUAUUUUCCGUGUAUAUUUCGUCCGUUCAUAAAUGCAUGCGCAUUCAACACUCUUUCGGUGUAUUGAAUUCGCAGCCCUGGUUAUCACAACGAUUAUUACAGAAAAAUCGAUAAACAAAAAUGCCUACACGAAACAUAAAAUAUUAUAAUUGUUAAAUAACUCAAGGUGUCAACGAUCGCGGAGUGACGAGCGUGGAAGGCGGAGCGUACGGCGGUAUUAACGGGCGGAACAAGGGACACCAGGUGGCCGGGUUCAGCACUUCGUACCAGAAGAACGAGAGCGGCAACAAAGCCACGUACUAUGACGACGGUCUCGGACACGGCGGAGUGAUCCAAUACGGCGCGAAAGAUCAGAGGUAAUUGUCGCAUGAUAAGAUUGUAUUAUAGGGGGGGUAUAGCUGCAACGCGGAGAAGUUACACAGGGCAGGGGGAAGAAGCGGGUUACGAAUAAAGUUAAAAAAAAAAGAAAAAAAGUAAUUGUAGCGUAUGGUCACUUACUUACUUACUAGAAAUCGCUCGUGGCUUAACGUUGUGCAUAAUUAUCGCGGCUAUACGCUAUAACGAGUAACGUUUUUUUCUCCGAUUGAGAUUGAGAAAAAAAAACGAUCGGCGGAAAUAUACGUUUAAAACGUCGCCCGGAAAAAUCAAUUAUUUUCGUUUAUCGUCAAUACCGAUGGCCGGGCAUAAUAAAAUAAUAUCAUAUAACCUUAAAAAAUACCUCCUGCAGGCCGCUAGUGUCGGAGCGAUAAACGGGCGGCGCCGUUCGGUCGUGUUUCUCUCUGCCCCGUGAAAAAGACCGCGACCCCGUACCAGGUGAUCCGUUCGGGUGGGGUACACUCGUUAUCUCGGAAAGUAUUGACGUUUUUCGGAAUUUGUUUCCUCGGACAUUUGAGAAACGAGCAGCUCUACAAUUCUACAUUCACGUUAUUUCUUUUGGGGGCAAAACCCCUACUUACUUUUGAUUUCCAAUCGGCAACCUACAUUGGAAAUCCCAUCAAUAGACGGAGCCGUAGUUAAUUAGUUAAAUUGUACAGUUGACAUUUUUGAUUGCGUGGCGGUACGGCGCACGGCGCGGAGUGUUGGCAACGCACCACUGCUCUACUCCGGUCAGUGCUUAAAAUUGGAAUGUCUCGUCGGCGGCUCGACGGAAAUCGAAAAUUCCGCCGCUAAAAACGCCGUCUAUUUACGGACGUUUUAAUACAGACCGAUAUUUUAAAAUCGAAAGUGUGCAGGCAGCGGUUUUACCACCCACGCGGCGUGGAUGUCGAACAGGCGAACGUGCCCGAACGCGCUGCGCCGAACCAGUAAAGUAGUAAUCUGUCGGUGCCGAUUCGCUGUAAAGAGUUUUCGCCGUGCAUCGAAACGCGUUGACCGUUCCGGUUCCGUUGUUCAUUUCAUCGGUCCGGUCCGGCCCCGAUCUUAAUCUCUCUUCACUGGUCCGAUCCGGCAUUUGCGAAACGCUAAUGCGGACACACCGGUAUCAGAACGAAAUCAUAUUUUUUUGUGCACAGAUCGAGAACAUUGUCAGCUCUUUGCGUUGCACAGAUCCGACGAGACACGACGACAAUAAUAUAAUAAUAAUAAUAAUAAUAAUAAUUGUUAUCCUUUCGAUGUCGCGAUACUAACACGCGUCCGAUCAUGUAACGAAUUCGCAGGUUCCGGGACGGCGAAGGCAAGGCGUACGGGGGCGGUUUCCACGAUUCGACGGUGAAGACGAACGCGGUCGGACAGCAAGGCCAGUACGGCAACGGCGACGGCUAUCACACCGCGGGCGGCCAAGCCGGCGACGCGGCCAACAGUCAGACGUACGGGUCGCGGUCGGACAGCGGUUCGAACCUGGUGGCGGGCACCCCGUACCUGGUGACAGCCCCCGAGACCAUGCCGCCCGUCAUACACUUGCCACCGCAAUACGUACAACAGGCGCCGCAGUACGUCCAACCGGCGGUGGUGCCGCAGUACGUGCCGCAGCCCCAAUACGUGCAGCAGGCCCAGUACGUCCCGCAGGGCUCGUACGAGGUGCAGGCCCCGUACGACCUCCAGGGCGCCUACAUGCCGCAGGCCGGGGCCGGAGGACUGUACCAGGCCGGGGCCGGGGGACUGUACCAGGCCGGCCUUCCGCAACUUCCGUCGGCCGUACAGCAACAGCCUGGCUCGGCGUUGCCGCCGUACAGCGUGCAGCUGCCCGCGUUGUCGUUGACCGCCCGCUCGCCGUCCGGACAGUACGUCGUGCCCAUGCCGCCAAAACUCUACGUGGACAAACCCAACGCUACCUCGAGCAGUUAA